GACAGAUGUUUGUUGCUUGUGUGGCGUUUGGCGUGUAUGAUUUUGUGGAUACGUGUUGAUUUAGUAUUCGCAGCAGUAAAUCUUUGAUUUAUGUUACAAAAUUUUAUGAAUUACGUGUCACACGUUCUAAUUUAUGAGAUACCGGUAACAAUUUAUCGGGCUACCGUGUAAUAGUUAUUACACUUUUUUCAGAAAUCAUUAAUAAAUUGAACAAGAAAACGUAAACAAAAAUGUUGAAGGGGAAGACCGAGUUCAAGUUUAUAUUUUACUCGGUUGCUAUAUUUGUAUGUUAUUUCGUGUUUGCAAUAUUACAAGAGAAAAUAACCAGAGGGAAGUAUGGACAAAAUGACAAAUUCACCUGUGCCUUGUCGCUAGUUUUUGUGCAGUGUUUUGUAAACUACAUAUUUGCCCAAAUUUUGAUGUUAUCAUGGAAACACGAAAAGGACACCACAAAAACACUGUACUACUUCUCGUCGGCACUCACAUAUCUUUUGGCUAUGGUCUGCUCCAUCAUGGCACUGCAGUGGGUUAACUACCCUACACAGGUGGUAGGAAAAGCAGCGAAGCCAAUCCCAGUUAUGAUUCUCGGGGUUUUAAUAGGCCGGAAAGUCUAUCCUAUGAAGAAGUACUUGUUCAUCUUGCUGAUCGUCAUCGGAGUGGUCCUGUUCAUGUUCAAGGACAAUGCGAGGAAGACUAGUGAAGACCAGGGCUUUGGUAUCGGGGAGAUACUGCUGCUCCUUUCGUUGACUAUGGAUGGACUGACAGGCGCUGUGCAGGAGCGAAUCAAGAGUGAAUCCUCUCCAACAGCUUACUCUAUGAUGCUCAACACUAACUGGUGGUCUAUGUUAAUAUCUGGCAUCGGUGUACUGUUGAGCGGGGAAAUCUUCAAGUUCGUGUCUUUCGUGUCACUGUACCCUGAAGUGUUGGUCUACGUGACUGCCUUCGCGCUCACCGGAGCCCUGGGACAGCUGUUCAUAUUUUUCAUGGUGUCAGAGUUUGGUCCGCUCCCGUGCUCGGUGGUUACGACGACGAGGAAGUUCUUCACCGUUCUCGCCUCUGUGGUAUUCUUCGGCAACGUACUCAUUCCCCGGCAAUGGAUCGGCGCCAUCUUGGUAUUCUCUGGACUCUUCCUGGAUAUAUUCUACAGCAAAGGAAAAAAAAUGACCCCAAUCAAGGGACCUCUGAAGAAAUGACAGUCCUCGAGCCAGAGGUACCUAUAAAUGCUUUAAAUGGACAAAAUAAUUCGACAACGUGUACAAAUCGUACAACCACCAAUGUAUAAUAAUAUUUAGUCAUAAUUUGAAUACGAUGCAAACAUGUUACGGCUAAAAGCCAGGCCCCAUUGCUCCGUUGCGCGCCGUCCUCUAUCUGUUGACAUCAUCGUCGACGGACAGUAUGUUGAUUCGACGUACGACAACGCAAGUCAGUGUCAUAACCUGUAGAAAGCAACGGAGCACGACUGAACAAUGAGGCUUGGCUCUUAAGUGUGUUACUUAAUAUGUUUAACCGGUAAAUGUUGAAUUUGUUUUCGUGGAAAGGCUAAUGUUAUUAUUUUUCCCAUUAACGAGUUGAUAAUGAGUAUACUAACUGUUUUAAAGAAAUAAAAAGCAAAAACCUAAAUCAUAUCAUUUUAUAUUUGCGUUUUUAUAAAGUAAAAACUGUAAUUGACAUAUGCCUUUCUUUAGAACAUAAAUUACCCGGCUAAACCCAAGUUUGACUGUAGAUCCAUUUUUAGUUAAUUUUUUUACUGUUCAACCCAAAGUAGAGCCAAUAUAUUCCAUACAUAGUUACCCAAACAAGCGAUUAAUACCAUGAUUUAGUUACUUAUAAGAUAGUUGUAAAAUAUAUUCAAAAUAUAUUUCAUUAGUUUUGUCUUCAUCCGGGAUAUAGCGGUACUCGCAACUGUCCUAUUAUAGAUAGUUUUGCUUUCGACUCUCUUUCAUAACUGUUGGCUGUCUCACUCACUUAUUUGAAAAUUUUUCUGGUUUCUUCCUCCACCAAAAGGAGUCUGAACCUAAGGUUCGCUUUUACUCAUCCACUAGUUGUCCGGCAAUUUUAUUAGUCAGACCAUUGGCACGCUUAUCAUCCUUGACAAUAUCAAGCCAGCACUAAAGUAUUAAUAUUCGCAACGGAGGUUAUAAUUUACAACGCCCUCACUUAAGGAUGGUGGCGUUAGUGGGCAGUUAUGUAUCAACAUAACUGCACUGAAUCGGUCCUGAAUAAGGAGUUAGUAGGGAAAAUCUCCCCCUAAAUGGGUCGUCGGAUUCCAGAGCUUCUAUGAUAUUUCUGAUGAACGCACACGAAAGGAAACGAGUUACAUUCUCCCCCUCUAACCCCGGGAUAACGUCCGAGUUACACCUAUUAUAAGAUUUUCUGUCGAUCGGACAGUUCGCCCAGUCAGCAUCACAGAGGGGACAGGUGUGCGGAAUGACAUUCCAUCUGUUAGAAACCCUUCGUGGGGAGAUGUUACAUGUAGCAUAUCGAACCUCGCCCCGCGCUUUUAUCUACUAAUGUAAACGCCUACCUCACUUGGUUCACGCACGACAUAAGUGUCCUAAACUCUUGUGCCACAUUUUAAAACUCGUAUCCUGACAGUCAGAGUGUACAUCUUGUGUUAAAUAAUUGUCAGUCAACUUUUCGGGAACAUUUACCGUGCCAUCUAAAACGUAUAGUCUAGAAUCACUAGAUUUAUAAAAAUUACAUCCAUUAUUAUCAAAGCCUUUUACAGAAAGUAAAUUUGGUUUUAAAUCUGAUACAAAAGCAACAUCACUGAUCUGAUUGACCACGUUCUCAGGUGUUUUUAUUGAAAUAUCUUCAAUGCCACAGCAUUCGAUCUGUUUUCCAUUCGCAACAGUAGUGUUACUGUUAUCCAAGGUACCGUUAUCCAAGAUCUUAUACUCGUAUCUGAAAAUCAGUUACGUCUAGAGGUCAUAUGUCUAGUACAUCCUGAAUCUACAUACCAUUUGUCUUUAAUUGAGUUAUUAUAAUUAUUGAAAGUUGUAAAUUUGGUGUCAUUAAUUUCACCGCAUUGUUUUUCUCCUUCUUAUUUCUCAUCGGGCAGUCUGGUCGUUUAUGUUGGCCAAAUCCCCAUUCGUGGCAGCUACUAACCCAUCAUCUACGUAUAUGGCUGUCCAUUGAUUGAUUGAAAGGCAGCAGUCAGCUUCAGAUUGUUUGAAUUCCGUCCAUGUCUGUCCAUGUUCAAAGUAGGAAUUUCAACACUGUGGUGCUUGUUUUAAACCAUAUCAGCUCCGGUUUAGUUUCAAAACAUUUGAUGUACCGUCACUGUAACUCUGUGGUGUACUGUAAAUCUAAACAAUAACAAACAUUAAAUUGUACCAUAUCAAGGUUCUUUUGUGCUCUCGAUAGAGCUAUCUAGAUUUCGUUUGACUCUUGACGCCCAUUUACAAGACAACGUUUUCUGCCUUCUGGCAAUAUGCAUGGAGUCUGUACAUUAAAAUCAAUUCAGUACAGCAGAUCGUAGUGAGACGCAUGCAGCGCGUGAUCGUGUUAGGGCUUUGCGUAAUUUGCAUUUUAUUUUAAUUUUAAUUUAAUACAAUUUCAAAGAAUAUCGUCCAGAUGGUAGGCACGGCUGGUUAAUUUUUGUUGAUGUUCUAAGUGACAUUUUAUGAAAGAUAAUGUCUCGUGACUGAACAAGUAUAUUUUUCUUUCCGUUAUUAUGGUUGUCGAAUUCACCACCAUUAUCGCUAAGUCCGUCCUUGAGUCUUCUUCUGAGCUAGCACCAAGGUAAGUUUAUCCUUGACUUCUGACUUGUGUUUCAAUAAAUAUACCAUACGAUAGCUAGUGAAGUCAUCUUUAAACAGUUAAAUACUCAACGUUUUUAUAAAUUUGUAAUGCUUAGUUACAUUUAAUCCUUUGGUAAACAAAUGCGCAGGCAUAUUGGCGAGUAUUCCAAUGCAAUGACAUUAAUUAAAUGUUCUCAAAAGAAAAUUAUAACGAAUAUCGAAUUGUUUUGAUCUUUUAUGUAUGCAAUUAUUAUUAACCAACUUUAGUGCAAACUGAUCCAACUUUUGUGAAAAUGUUUGUGUGACAGAAUUUUAUUUUUGAAGUGUACAAAUAUUCUUUUUCGUUAGACAAAAGCUAUACAAAACAAAAAAGUUUUUAUAAAAUAUUUCCCCUUUGUUAGAAAAGCAAUUGGCGAAAUAAAACAUCGGCCGAGAUUGCAUAAGAUUAUUAUAUUUUUAUUGAGGAAGAGACAAAAGUCAAGUUGACAUUUUUAUUUUAGAUUGCGACCAUAUAGUCCGAUACCCUUUAAUGAAAAGGAAUCAAAA